AUGGCUCCUCUAGCCAAACUUCUUGGGGCUUGCCUGAUGAUAUUCCUAUCCUCGACCUUAAUCCAAAACUCUGAGGCUUCUAAUGGUGGCAUAGCGACCUACUGGGGUCAGUACACCGAAGAAGCCGAAGGAAGUCUAGCCGAAGUCUGUAACACCAUGCUCUAUUCUUACAUAAGCGUAGCAUUUCUUAACCGAUUCGGCUCUGGUCAAGACCUGGGAUUCAACAUUUCUGGUCACUGCAGCUGCGAAAGCGACUGCUCCAGUUGCAUCCGUUUUGGAGAAGACAUAAAGACUUGUCAGAGCAAGGAUUUCCACAUCGAGAAUGGUUCCCCACUUUGCUAUGACUACCUUGCACGUGCCUUGAAGAAAUAUGGCAAAGACCAUAACAAAAUGGUCUACUUAUCCGCGGCUCCUCGGUGUCUUUAUCCUGAUUUGUACCUUGGAAGAGCCAUUUACACGGGUCUUUUCGACUUCGUUUGGGUCCACUUCUUUAACACUAGCAGUGCAUGCCAGUAUGAUAGUACCACCGGUGAUGAUGUUCUUAUGAUUUCGUGGAAUGCAUGGACUACGUUGAUUGAGGCUGCUGGGAAGCUGUUUCUGGGUGUACCCGCGUCCGACGAUGUUUUCGGGUACAUCCCACCUGAUGCGAUGAAUGAUAAAAUUCUUCCGGAGAUAAAUAGGACAUCAAAAUAUGGAGGUGUGAUGGUAUGGAACCGUUAUUAUGAUGUCAUCACCAAUUUCAGUCCAUCCAUCAUCAAUCAAGUCUAA